AUGACUACGCCGCGAACCGACACAUGGGAGCUGUCAAAAGCCCUUGUGACAGGCGGUGAAGCCCACGAUCUCGAAGACUCUUCGGAAGCCGCUUUACGUGAAGCAAUUGCGAGUCUGUGCGGCGCCGACGAUGCUUUUUCGGCGGGUUGGUCUCAGCUGGAUAAUUGGAGGAAGACGUCGGCGACCUCCUGGCAGGAUCAAGGCGGGCCGUGUACUCGGGCGGACCGUGGUUGUGCAGACCGCGGUUACGUCUCAGGCGGCUCGUUCAAUGUCCCUGACUCCGGAGCCUCCUUUGCUAGCCCCGGUCCCAAUGUCUACACAGGAGGCCCCUCUGGGCCCUCUGGCAGCACUUCGGGCCGCGGCGACCAUCUGCGGAGCGAGCCCCUUAGAGGGGGUGACCACCUCAGAGGUCAUGACCACCUCAGUGGCGGUGACCACCUCAGAGGGAAUGACCACCUUAGAGGAACUGACCACUUGACAAGAGGUGACUUUCCCGCAGGCUUCCCUCCACGGACAACCAGCGGAACUGCACAUGCGUACACUACCCCCGCCAGGGGCUGGUACGACGCCGAUAGGAACGACAGCGCAAGGACCGACGCCGAUAGGAACGACAGCGCAAGGACCGAGCCUUGGAAGACCAGUCAGAACUGGAAUACAUCGAAAGGUUUCUACAAGUACGACGAAGUGGACGAACUGGCAAACCAGCUACACUGUCUGCUAGAAGGCAGCAACGCCCCGCCCAACUACGGGCCUCCAACCCACUCGCCCUUAACCCACCCCGGCCUUAACCACUCAGGCAUGCCUCAUUCGGCUUUAACCCACCCGGGCAUGACCCACCCGGGCAUGACCCACCCGGGCAUGACCCACCCACGCACGACCAACCCAGGCACGACCAACCCAGGCACGACCCACCCAGGCACGGCACAUACGAAUAUGUCCCGCGGCGGCGGUCCGUUUGGGGCGGUUCGUCAACCGCCCAGCCCGCCGAGCAUCAGGUUCAUAACCCCAGGUUCCGGCGCCCAGCAGGGUCCGCCACGGGGCGAGAUGUUUCCACAGCGUGUGGAUGCCCACACUGUGUCUUCGCUGGACGACUUGUCCACCCUGUUGUCUGACGCGCCUACCGAGUUGAAGUUGGAGGCCAGCCAAAUCCAGCACCCCGAGUGCCGCCAUUGGUUCAACAAAAUGCGCAGCGAAGUCGCUUCCGAGGCCGCCGAGUCCGACAGCGAACGGGCUUCCACCGCCAGCCCCGGCUCCCCCCUAUGCCAGUCGAGCCUCGCCAGCUCGGCAUUCGGCAUGUCUGCGUCCUCCGCCAUCGCCCUGGCCACCAAUUCCCCAGCCAACAACUUGGCGACCUACAACUUAGCGGCCAACAAUUUCGCGGCCAGCCCAGUUGUGGGUGGCAAGGGGGUACUGACACCUGUCACACACACACCUACGCCUUGGUCUUCAUCUCAUACGCCUUCAUCUCACACAGGUGCGACAGCGAAUCACACCCCUGUCGCGCAUCCCCAGCUCGCCGCCCACGGGUCCGAGGCCGAGGCCAGUGCGCCCCUCGCACUUGGCAGCGGCACCCUUGCCAGCGGUCGGGACCGUAAGAAAGAUCGUCGUGAUGACGCGGCUGGGAAUGUAGCCGCGCCGGUUCACUCUGUACCCCCAGCCUCGCUCGCAUGCCGCAAGCGACUGACACUAACGGGUUGCCGAGGCACACGCUAUGUUCGCAGACUUAUGAGGCAGCUCGCUGCUAAUGUCGCCAAAGGCGAUUGGGACAGCGCACUCCGUCAGACCCUCACCUUCUGUAUGUGCACGGACGAACAGCGCUGUGCGGUCAAAAGCGUCGGUACCGGCAAAGAUGACCCCGGCCUCAAGGAGGGUCCCGGUCUCGGUAAGGACGGCGCGGUGAAAGAUGGCGCGGUGAAAGACGGCGCGGUGAAAGACGGCACGGGGAAGGACGGAGACGGACACAAGGGAGCUGGAGACAAGAGUGAUUCCUCGGUAGUGUCCUCGACGCCGUGUUCCGCGACGGCGACAGUCACGGCGGUGGAAGUGGGUUCAUCGUUCUCUGACUCAUCGGAUGCGGAUUUGAGUGAUACCGAGGAGGGUCCUCGCGAGCCGAGUCUGGAGUAUCCGGUGACUGCAAUGGGUGAUGAUUCAUCGUGUCCGAACAUGUUUGUGACACCAUCUGAGGUUUUGAGUUACUCUGAUUUUGCAAAUUUAUGUGCCAGCUGCUUCAACCGGCUCUCAGUUAAAGAAGUGGGUCCUCCGCAUGUGCCGCGUGUUGACGAGCAGGAUACGGUAUGUAAGGCUUCGUAUGCUGCGAAGGAAGUACGGCAAUUACUAUGUGAUCUCCAAACGUUGUUGUUAAUGUGUUUAGCGUCGAAGCUUGAUUUGCAUCCGUCAGAACAACUUCGUUUGAAGCAUUUGGCGGCGUCUACUAUUUUCUGUCUUGGUUAUCAUCCUUACAUGCUUGAGGGUGUUGCAGUGAUAUUCUUGCGUAUGAAGCAUCAAAGCAGUAAUGACUGUUUUUGUUCGUUUCUGGCACGUUGGACUUUUAGCACGAAUGUGUUGCAAUUGAUUUACGAAACAUUCUGCUUGAUGCUGGUUAGAGAGAAGCGGUAUUUGGCGUUUCUACUGUUGCUGUCAGCCACGGAGUACGGUCGCCCGUUCUUGCAACCGCUAGUCGAACGCAUACCUGCCGAGGAUGUACUCGGCUGUUUGCCAGAAGCUGGCGAUGUGCUUGGUGUGCAAUCGACCAUGAUCGAGAACUUAAGAGUACCUGCAUUUGCUGUAUCUGUAUUCCUAACACAACUGGCACAUAGCCAACGUAGCGAGGACUUGAGGAAAAGCUUCGAUAUCCCAAUCGACAUGGAGACGAUUUUCUUGUCUGUUCUCCCUCUCGGAUUGGCCAAACCAUUCUCUGAUGAGGUAUUUAUAGCUCGAGGCUGGCAUUACAGGUUCCUGCUGUUCCCUAGUCCUAUUGAGAACUAUGAACCACAACAAGUCAAACGAAUACUUAGCACACAAAUCCGUUCGCUCGAGUUAGAGAACAAUUUGAUUAUCGAGAACGAUUAUAAAGUCCAACACGUUGUUACUGAUGCUGUACCGGCUUAUAUAUUCAUGUCCGAACCCUCCAUUGCGAAAGCCUACAUGGACGUGUGCAACUAUAUUAUUGGUGAAAAUAUUGCUCACUACCGCGUCGUUAAGCCAGAGCUGUUCUGGACGGAAGGGGGCAUACCGGGUAAUCCAUGCCCGGCAUUCCUCCGGUAUAGGCAUUUUAUGGUAAGACGAGGAAACUGUUUCCUGGAGGGGGUGGUUGAGCAGAGUAAGGCAGGCAAAGAGGCUAUGGUAUCCUAUAGUAUGGCUGUGCCUUUUGCUCUUCCGGUUUUCACGGAGUUCGAUAACCGACAGAACGAUGAGUGUGGUGAUACUCACCACGAUGACCACCAACACGGAUCGAGGAGUGACGAAGACAGCACGGCGGCGCCAGAACAUACUAGCGACUCCACAAACGCGACCAACUAUGACCAUGACCGUAAUGAGCCGGAUGACCGUAAUGAGCCGGAUGAUCGUAACGAGCCGGAUGAUCGUAACGAGCCGGAUGACCGUAAUGAGCCGAGCCGUUCAAGCCGGUAUCCCAAGAUGGAGACGGUUCUUGCAGCGCUUGGUGCAACAUCCGAGUCGGGCGAAGUGCAGGCGGGAGGUUGUAGUUCUUCUACGUCCCGUGAUAGUCGAUCAUUGGGUCCGUCGAAGAAGGUCAAUUGUCCGUUAACGUGGUGGCAGAAUGAAAGUUUUGUCCGUGUGUGCCGUAUGAUUCAUCAAUAUGAACGGAGUGGUCGUCAUGCGUUCCAAGUACAGGAAUUGAUGGGUCGUUUAGUGGAGAGGUUCUUUGUGACCCAGUCUAAUCCAUUUGAGGAGGCUGUAAAUUCAGGUAGUCGGGAGAGUCAUUUACAAAUAGUAAAGCGAACGAUUGGAGAACAUACUGGUUGCACAUUAGGAAGGAUCGAUUUAUGUUACAUGCGUUUACUAGAGAAUUACGACAUGUUGUAUGGGAUGCCAUCAGCCUUUACGGGGCUAGCGGGUCCGAAGCGAAGAUUCCAACAAGCAUUGAACGUUGACAAUAAUGUUCAUCUAAUGCUUUUAAUGCCUUACGGUGCCAAGGGUCCAGGGCAGUAUCGUAAGCCGCCGGGUUUAGAGUGUGGUUCUGGAAUUGCGACUGAAACAUAUCCAACCUUAUUACCAGAACAUGUUGCCGCACAAUUACCGGCUUGGUUAGCAGGACGUGCAUUACAGGAUUCUUGUCGGUGUUCACCUACGCAACUGGUUGGAUGGAAAUUAUUAAAUCUCGAAUUGAACGUUGCUGCAAGUCGUGACUUACAUAAUGUGAGGCCAGGUCAACGUACUAUAGCUCCUCACCUUAACAGUUUACUAUUGGCUCUUUUCAUACCAUUGUAUGCAGAAUGCGGCAAUCCUCGAGCACUACAUCUAGUUAGCAAACUCGGAGGAGCAUCACGCUUGCAAUUACCAGGUGGUGGUAAGAUACCAGACUUCUCGCAUUACCUCGGUGCUGUAUUAGACCGUGCUGUCAUCAGUCGGUUUGUUUUACUGGCUGAUACAAUCGGACGUUUCAAGGGGCUUAAGGCAGGUGAAAAACUUAUGUUAGCUCGUAAGAGUUUACGACUUUACCUUGCAGCUGAGGAUUGGGUGCGUGCGAAACGUAUUUUGAUGAAGCACCCACAGUUUGGUGAAGAAGAUGAGUUCCGAUCCGAAGUAGGUGUAUUGGCAGAGACGAUGAAGCAACUUAAGUCAGACGGUAAGCUAUACCGACCAAGUUCGUUGCAGUCAAAUAAGGAUGAAAGGCUGAAGGAAUCACUUGCGGCUGUUAAACGAUUAGCGGCUGCGGAGGAUGUCCAUGGUGCUGUGGAUUACUUUUAUACGCUACGUAACAGCCAAGGCGGUCUAUUAGACAUAUCAGUGGGUAACAAGAUCUUGCACUUGUGUGUAACUAGUGGUCAAUUGGACCGAGCAGAAACAAUAUUGGAAACAUUGCGUACGGACGCACACUGUGAGAUCAACGGCAUUGACUUCAUUCCGGGCAGUUGUGUCCGACCUGAUGUGGUGACGUGCAAUAUCAUUAUUAAGGGAAUGGCGCGCGAAAAGCCUCCAAGACUUGAAGAAAUAAAAAGGUUUAUUCUGCACAUGGAAAAACCCUUUCAUCUUGGUGGCGAUGGUGUCAAACCCGAUCAAGUUACUUUUCAUGCUGCCAUUAAUGCGGCCGUUGCUGCUGACGAUUUGAAUCGAACAUGGGAAAUGUUUAGCAUGAUGUGCAGUAGGAACAUCAAGGUAGAUGCGUUCACUUGCGGUUUGGUUGCACGUCAAUUGGGAGCGAAAGGAACGGCUGUUGUUGAUCGUGGUAUGAUUAGCGCGUUUUGCGACUUCAUUGAACAAAAUGAUAACUUUGAAGACGUUAACUUGUUGGGGUCGGUGGUUGAGAUGUAUUCUAAAAAAGACGCGCCUCGAUUGCGUCGGUUUUUGGAUUCAGUAUCGGCUAAAUUACAGAACCCAAGCCCUCAUGAGAUUGCUACGUUGAUGGCGGGGUAUGGCAAGUGCAAUAAGGCAUCGAAGGUUAUGCAGCUGUGGAAGCAGUUGGAGGCUACACCUGACAUAAAGUGGAGCCCAUACGUGGUUGGUGUAUGCGCGGAGGCCUUUGCGUCUCUCAAGGACGUCACAAUGGUAUUGUUGUUAGCAGAAAAAUCCAAGAGGUUGGCUAAACCUUUAACGGCAAAUCAAUACUCGGCUAUUAUUCGAACAUUUGUUACCCAUCAAAAACAGACGGAAGCGUUAUACUACUUCAAGUUCAUGAAGGAGCAUGAUCUGUGUCCAACUGAGAUGGCAUAUAACGCACUCAUUCAUAGUUGCGUCCAAAACGGUGAUUUGAAAACCGCCUUAAGUUUGCUCGAUGAGAUGGAUCAAACACAGAGCACACCUGAUAUCGUGACAUAUUCUACCAUCAUUAAAGGCUUAUGUGAUCAGGGAGCGAUGAGUUGUGCUUAUCAGCUCUUUGAGUCGUUACCAAAGAAAGGCCUAGUACGAGACAGUGUGACAUACAAUACUAUAAUUGAAGGUUACGCACGAUUGGGCGAUACUGAAGCAGUUGAAAGGGUGUUUGGUGAGAUGAUGAAAUCUAACUCAAAACCAACUUGUUAUACUCUCACUAUCCUUGUCAAGUUCUAUGGACGUAAACGAGCAGUAGAUCAUGUCAUCUAUCUCGUUGAAGCCUUGCCCUCAAUGGCAAAAUUCAAACUAGACGCCUACGUUUAUACUGCCGCCAUUGCCGCCUGUGCUUGGAAUAAUAGACUACAUGAAGCCUUCCAAUACCUACUCCAAAUGCGAGCCCUUUUCGGCUGUGGCUCCCGCACUUACGGCACACUCGUCUCCGGCUCCAUCAAAACCUGCAACUGGCCCGUUCUCAAACAAGUGCUAGAACUCAUAACAACAGACUCAAGCAAACUUGACAAACGUGAGAUGUGCAGUCUCCGCGACCUGGUCAAACAAUUCAACACACAUACUCUAAACCCUCUUUGGAUACAAUCCGGCUUUGGCUACGAAGCGGCGGAGACCAUUCGACAGUUGGUUUCCCAGCAGAAGCGAGAUAUGGCUGGUAAAUAG